AUGGCUUUAACUGUGUGGGUGAGUCGUUGGGACACGUGGUUCCACGGAAAUAUAUAGUAAACUGGACGCUUACCAGCGGGUUCGGCUCAAGCUGCCUUGAAGUCAUUCCCACUACUAGGUGUAUGUUAUACAGUCCUAUUACACAUUUUUUUUUCAUUAGGUUUGUUGCGUUGACUGUACUUUUCUUGAAAUGUGUACACUUUUCGUAUAAGUGUAGAAAAUGUAGGCAAAACGAACAAACCUAAUUACGGAGUAUGUACGUUAGUCGCACGCACCAACUACCAGGGGGCAGCACAGGACGAUCUCGCGACCCUGCUCGUGAGCAAUCUCCCAACUCAUCCCUGGUAUGAAUGGGGUGGAUUGGAGGAGUGGCGAAGAAAUCUGUGUAUGUGUGAAAUAGAUUAUCAUACAUCUCUACACUGCUCGCCAAAGCUUGCAUUUACGAGACAGUGGUUACAUCGAGGAAGAAGGAGAAUGGCUGAAGGAAAGCUGGAAUUUGAUUGGGGGAACGAAAAGUUGCAGAGGGCACAGAAAUCAGUUGAAGACUCAUCGUAUGAUCUCGAGGCAUGGAGCGUCCUGAUCAGAGAAGCACAGAAUAGACCAAUCACUGAAGUACGGCCAGUUUUUGAGAAACUUGUUACAGUAUUUCCUUCUGCUGGUCGGUACUGGAAGAUUUAUAUUGAGCAAGAGAUGAAGAUGCGGAACUUUGAAAAAGUGGAAAAGCUUUUCCAAAGGUGCCUCAUGAAAAUCUUAAACAUUGAAUUGUGGAAACUGUACCUCUCUUACGUCAAAGAAACGAAAGCAAGUCUCGCUACUUAUAAAGAGAAAAUGGCACAGGCGUACGACUUCGCUUUGGAUAAAAUUGGGAUGGACAUACAUUCGUAUAGUAUUUGGAAUGAUUAUGUCAUGUUCUUGAAAAGUGUCGAGGCUGUCGGUUCCUAUGCAGAGAAUCAAAAGAUUAGCGCUGUACGCAAGGUAUACCAACGCGGGGUUAUUAAUCCGAUGAUAAAUAUGGAGCAACUGUGGAAAGAUUACAUGGCAUUUGAACAAAAUAUUAACCCGAUAAUUGCAGAGAAGAUGGCAAUUGAACGAUCUAGGGACUACAUGAAUGCACGCCGUGUCGCUAAAGAAUUGGAAGCUGUAACGAGAGGUUUGAACCGAAGUGCCCCAAGCGUUCCUCCCACGGGACAUCCUGAAGAAGUGAAGCAGGUGGAACUAUGGAAGAAGUAUAUUGCAUGGGAAAGAGGGAAUCCACUACGCACCGAAGAUACGUCGCUUGUAGCGCGUCGUGUGAUGUUUGCUAUUGAACAAUGUUUAUUGUGUUUGGGACAUCAUCCUGCAGUAUGGCAUCAGGCCGCACACUUUCUAGAACUGAGCUCGAAAAUUUUAACCGAAAAGGGAGACGUCAAUGCUGCCAAAAAUUUAAGCGACGAGGCUGCCACUAUGUUUGAAAGGGCAACAAAUACAUUAUUGUCAAAGAAUAUGCUCUUGUACUUCGCACAUGCUGACUUUGAGGAGGGUCGGGUCAAGUACGAGAAGGUUCAUCAGAUUUAUCAGAAAUUUCUUGAUAUUCCUGAUAUCGAUCCUACUCUGGCAUAUGUACAAUAUAUGAAAUUUGCAAGACGAGCCGAAGGGAUAAAGUCUGCAAGAACUGUUUUCAAAAGAGCACGAGAGGAUUCCAGAUGUAGGCAUCAUGUUUAUGUAGCCGCUGCAUUAAUGGAAUAUUACUGUACCAAAGACAAAAAUAUAGCAUUUCGAAUUUUUGAACUGGGAUUGAAAAAGUUUGCAGAUAACCCGGAUUACAUUCUUUGUUAUAUAGAUUAUCUAUCGCAUUUAAAUGAAGAUAAUAAUACGAGAGUAUUAUUCGAACGUGUCUUAUCGUCGGGUAGUUUGGAGCCAGAAAAAUCAGUAGAUAUCUGGAAUCGCUUCCUGGAGUUUGAAUCAAACAUUGGUGACUUAGCCAGUAUAGUUAAAGUCGAGAAACGACGUAGCGCUGUAUUAGAGAAGAUAAAAGAAUUUGAAGGAAAAGAGACCGCCCAGUUAGUGGAUAGGUACAAAUUUCUGGAUCUUUAUCCUUGUACAGCAAUGGAGUUGAGGUCAAUUGGAUAUAUGGAAGUUGCCAGCGUGGUAAGAAACACUGCCGCAUUACCUCGUGCUCCCGAUCCAGAAGAAGCUAUGGCAUCGUUACCAAGACCAGAUUUAUCGCAAAUGAUCCCUUAUAAACCUAAAGUCAAUGCAUUACCUGGAGAACAUCCAGUGCAAGGAGGAACAUUCCCUUUACCGCCAGCCGCUGCACAAUUGUGCACUAUACUUCCUCCACCUGGCUGCUUCCGAGGUCCAUUCGUUGCCGUUGACCUGCUAAUGGAUGUUUUUAGCAGAAUUCAAUUACCAGAUCACGCCCCAUUGCCUAUUGCGGAUAAUGGUUGUGAUACAAAACUGUUUGACCUAGCUAAGUCCGUUCACUGGAUAGUCGACGAAACCAACGAUGGCACGAGUAUCAGUUCUAAACGUAGAAGGACUCGGUUAGGUGGAGAUGACAGCGAGGAGGAAGAUCUUCCGCCGCCUCCUGCCAAUGAUAUUUAUCGACAGAGACAGCAGAAACGAGUAAAGUGAAAACUCUGCUCAGACAUUACGAAUCUAUCAUUAUUUCUGAACUACGGAAAUUGUUAAGUUCAAGAGAAUGACAAGGAUUGCCUUUAAUGGCAAUGUGCAAACGUCAUAUAGUCAUAUUUUCGUAUGCUUUAUGUUUUCUCGUUGAGAAAUGGCGAAACACAUAGUAUAUGCGAAGUCAUAGAUUGUAUUGACUUCUACUAUAAGUGUGUAGUAUAUUAUUUGCAAUGAUAAGUGAAAUCAGGAGGGUGUUGUAUAACAUUUUGGGUACCGUGUACUCAGACUCAUUACGUCCGUUCGAUGUAGGACUCACAGAUUAAUUACUAACAACCACACACGACCUUACACAAUCAAGUGAACCGUUCGGCAUGAUUUUAACUUAUUCUUGCGUGAACGUGCACAGACUAUUCAACGGAAUUUAUAACGUAAUUGUCGAAAGGUUACUGUGCUUAUAUUCCGAGACACGCAAUCAAUUAGCUGCGGCUGCUCGUGUCUGAUAUACAAAAGGAAAAGUUGAUGAUUUUCACUUCUUUUUUGUGUAUGUACAUAUAGUACCAUGGUUAUACCAUUUGUAAUUCGGAAGGAGAAUGAUCGAUGCGUUUAUAAACAUCUACUCAUAUAGACGUAAGCAAAAUGAAAUGUAUUAAAACCCGAAAGAAGCCAUUACGUCAAUUAACUUGAAACGUAAUGCUGCAUCGAUGAAUAAAUCACUCGUCCCGGAUUUAUAGUUUAGUAUGCCCUUUAUUAAUCGCCCAGAUUGAGAUUCUACACGUUGUGUAGGAUUAGGGUGAGCAUACUUAAGUAUAAAAAAAAAAUUAUUGCGUUACCGACCCGUAAUGUUAAUUUCCUCUUUUAUACAACGUCGAAUAUUAAUGUAAUGAUGGGACAGCUUUUUUUUUUUUUUUUUCUAGAGCAUCGAUUAGUCCUAUUAUACUACUACUCUAUCUGUACGUGAAAAUUGUUAUGAAGUUUUUCUUAAAACGAA